AUGGUCAUUAAAGGCAGAGUCGCUGAAGCUAAAGUUCCCAAACUGCAACCCGACGACGACCUCUUCGUUCUAGGGAAGGCUCUCUCCUCCGACGUCAUACUCGCCACCGGUUACAUGCACGUGAUGCCGGAAUCUUUCAAUGAUCUCACGUCAGGGUGCCUGCCGGAACAUCCGUGGCGGAAGUUUCCGUUCACCACCUUGAUGGAGUUUUGUUAA